GGGGAGACGAGUUUCAGGUGGAGAGUGCAAUUUGAAUUGCGAUUCAAAAAUCAAAAAACAAAUUUGUUUAAAAUGCAUCGAGUUUCAAAUGUUGUUAGCAAAGGAUUACAAACGCAAUUUAAAAGCAUUCGUGGAUUCAAAGCCGCAUCGGUCUUAAGAAAGGAUAACGAAAUUGUCAACACUCCAGAUCAAUCUCUUCCUAUCCCCAAAUAUACUCAUAAACAAGAUGAGACAAUUGAGUUGAAAAAAGCAAGAUUGAUUUAUCAGUCACGUAAAAGAGGAAUGUUGGAAAAUGGAUUAUUACUAAGUACAUUUGCUGCUCGAUACUUGCAAACUAUGAAUGAUGAGCAACUUGAACUUUAUGAUGAUCUUAUCAAUCAGCCUUCAAACGACUGGGACAUCUUCUAUUGGGCUACAAAUGUGAAACCAACACCAGCAGAAUAUAAUAAUGAAAUUAUGGAUUUGUUAAAAAUGCACGUUAGCAACAAAAAUUGUGAACAAAGAUUCAGACAGCCUGGACUUUAUGAAAAGAUGUAAACAAAAUUCAACUUAAUUACAGUUUAAUAGAAACAAAAUUAUUUAUUUAGAGCAACUUUCUUCUUAUAAUUUUUAACAUCGUUCAAAGACUUUAUAGAGUUGUUGCAGGCAUGUCAAUUUUAACAAAGUGCCGUUUUUAUAAAAUUUUGUGGGUGGGAGAAGAUUUUUUCUGAUAGCAGGAUAAAGAAUUGAUUCACACAAGAAAUGAGAGUCUUUUUUGCAAGAAGUGAAGGAAUGUUUGGCAUAAAAUGAUGCGAGUUCCUUUAUAAUUGACUUAAAACAAUAUUUUUCUUCUUCGUAAUCAACUUCUGUUGCCAAUCGAAUAAUGAAAAUUG